AUGAAGCUCGUCCGCUUUUUAAUGAAAUGUGCCAAUGAAACGGUCACUGUUGAACUCAAGAAUGGCACCAUCCUUCACGGAACUAUUAUGUCUGUGUCCCCGCAGAUGAAUACCUCUCUGCGGACUGUCAAGAUGACCCCAAAAGAUCGUGACCCAAUUUCCCUCGACACGAUCAACAUCCGCGGAUCCACGAUUCGCUAUUAUAUUCUGCCAGACAGUUUGCCCCUCGACACUCUGCUUGUCGACGAUGCGCCUAAGCCCAAGAACAAGGCGCGGAAGGAAACAGACCGCGGCCGUGGCCGUGGUGGACCACGAGGCGGCCGAGGCCGUGGAGGUGGCCGUGGUCGUGGCCGGGGGCGUGGCUUCUAA